AUGAAAACUAGCCCCCAUCGGCCACUGAUUCUCAAAAGACGGAGGCUGCCCCUUCCUGUUCGAAAUGCCACCAGUGAAACAUCAGAAGAGGAAUCGAAGAGAUCUCCUGCCCAGCAAGAGCCUGAACAAGUACAGGCCUCCAAAGAGGUGGCAGAGUCUAGCACCUGCAAGUUUCCAGCUGGAAUCAAGAUUAUUAACCACCCCACCAUGCCCAACACCCAGGUGGUAGCUGUCCCCAACAAUGCUGACAUCCAGAGCAUCAUCACGGCACUGACGGCCAAAGGAAAAGAGAGUGGCAGCAGUGGGCCCAACAAGUUUAUCCUCAUUAGCUGUGGGGGAGCCCCCACUCACACACUGGGACCCCAGCUUCCAUGCCAAGACAGCAAUGAUGUCAAGAAGACAGAAGUGAUCACUGAGACCUUGAGACAAAAGCCAACAACUAGGGAUGCAACUCUUACUAGACCACCUGGAGCCAUUCCUGGGCAGAGAUGGGAGAGCUGUGUUGGCGGUGAGGCAGCAGGCUGCACUCUCGACAACAGCUUGACCAACAUCCAGUGGCUUGGGAAGAUGAGUUCUGAUGGACUGGGUUCCUGUGACAUCAAACAAGAAAUGGAGGAAAAAGAAAAUCGCCAUGUGGAACAGAAUCAGGUUAAGGUUGAGGAGCCUCCAGCAUCAACAUCCUGGCAGGACUCCAUGUCAGAGCGGCCACCCUACUCGUACAUGGCCAUGAUACAAUUUGCUAUCAAUAGCACUGAAAGGAAGCGUAUGACCUUGAAGGACAUCUAUACUUGGAUUGAGGACCACUUUCCUUACUUUAAGCACAUUGCCAAGCCAGGCUGGAAGAAUUCCAUUCGCCACAACCUUUCUCUCCAUGACAUGUUUGUUCGAGAGACGUCUGCUAAUGGCAAGGUUUCUUUUUGGACCAUUCACCCCAGUGCUAAUCGCUACUUGACAUUAGACCAAGUGUUUAAGCCACUGGACCCAGGGUUUCCACAAUCGCCCGAGCACUUGGAAUCACACCAGAAACGACCCAACCCUGACCUGAGCCGGAACGUGACCAUCAAAACUGAACUCCCACUGGGUGCACGCCGAAAGAUGAAGCCACUGCUUCCACGAGUCAGCUCGUACCUAGUGCCCAUCCAGUUCCCAGUGAACCAGUCACUGGUAUUGCAGCCCUCCGUGAACGUGCCUUUGCCCCUGGAGGCUUCGCUAAUGAGCUCAGAGCUGGCCCGCCAUAGUAAGCGAGUCCGAAUUGCCCCGAAGGUACUGUUAGCUGAAGAAGGGAUAGCCCCUCUUCCCACUGCAGGCCCAGUGAAAGAAGAGAAGCUCCUGUCCAGAGAAGGGCUGUCCCCUUUGCUCCCAGUCCAGUCCAUCAAGGAGGAAGAGAUCCAGCCUGGGGAGGAAACACCACAUUUUGCCAGACACAUCAAAGUAGAGAGCCCUCCUUUGGAAGAGUGGCCCUCCCCCUCCUUCAAAGAAGAAUCCCCUCACACCUGGGAGGACUCGUCUGGCUCUCCCACUCCAAAGCCCAAGAAAUCCUAUAGUGGGCUCAAGUCUCCAGCGCAGUGUGUGUCUGAAAUGCUCGUGAUUAAACGGAGAGAGAGGAGGGAGAGGAGCCGGUCCCGCAGGAAACAGCAUCUCUUGCCUCCCUGUGUGGAUGAGCCCGAGCUGCUCUUCUCAGAGGGCCCCAACACGUCCCGAGGAGCUGAGCUCCCCUUCCUAGCAGAUCCCUCUGAGCAGACCUCCCAGCUUGGCUACUCCCAGGAGGAAGGGGGACCUUUCAAGACGCCCAUUAAGGAGAUGCUGCCCAUCUCCUCCACCCCAAGCAAAUCUGUCCUCUCCGUGACUCCAGAGUCCUGGAAGCUCACCCCCCCAGCAAAAGAAGGGGGGCUUGAUUUCAGCCCAGUAAGAACCCCCCAGGGUGCCUUUGGUCCCCUGCCUGACUCCCUCCUCAGCACCACUCCACUGAAAAGUAUUCCCCUCUUUGGCACCCCCCGAGAGUUCCUCAGUUCAGAACCCUUUGACCUUACCUCUGACCCCUUCAGCAGCUAUGCCCCCUCAGAUAUGGAUACCCUCAAGCCAGGCUCCCCAGAACCACAGGUCGCCAAUCUUUCAGCUAAUCGCUCUCUGACAGAGGGUCUGGUUCUGGACACAAUGAACGACAGCCUCAGCAAGAUCCUGCUGGACAUCAGCUUUCCUGGCCUGGAGGAAGACCUACUGGGCCCUGAUAACAGCGGCUGGUCUCAGUUCAUUCCUGAACUGCGCUAG